AUGGCGAUAUAUGAUUUGCACUUUGUGUCACACUGGUAAUAAUAAUAAAUGUAUUCAGGGUAUUUUAGUAAGGUUGUGUCUAUCACUUCUUUUCAGUGAUCACUUCAUUUUAUGUUGUCAUUGUUUUCCCCUACAUGUCAGAAUUGCUUUUGCUUAAUUUUGAAAAUAUACAAAAACUCCCCCCUUAUAAUUUAAAUCUUAAAGUGGACUUGUAUACAAUACAACCUAAAAAAAAAGACAAGACUAUCAGAAAACAUGAAAGAGCGUCCACAAAACCUGAGAAGAACUUAAUAAAGAACCAAACUUCAAGUCAGUUAAAGCAGAAACAAUUAGAACUUCACUUGCACAGAGGUCAGUGAAUCUGUCCUGGCACCUCAUUUCAUUUUUAUUGGAUGGUUUUUAUCUCCUUGAUUUGCAUCUUAAUGUUUGAGGUUGUAAUUGGAUUUUUGGUUAUAUGCACUUGCACAUAAAAUCUGACCUUUAAUCUGUUGCCCAUCACUCAAGUUGUAACACUUGUUGUUCCUGACUUUGUAGUAAUGAACUGUCUGAGGUUUUUAUGAUGUUUGAGUUUCAGAUCAUCAAACUCUUCACCUUCUGACUCCUUUAGGUUUUACUACAUGUAGAUAACCAGCCAGUGAUGAAAGGGUUAACCUUGGAAAUUACAUCACUCCCCCUCUCUGCCCUUUCCCAUCUCUUUCAGACAGAGUACUCCACCCACCCCUCUAUCUCGUCUCUCCUCCCUCUCCGGCCUCCAGUCUCCUCCCUGCCCAUCCCUUCUGUCCAUGUGGCCAGCCCCUUCAUUAAAUCCAGUAUGAAAGGAAGUCUUUUGGCUAGCAGUCACAAAACCACAUCCUCACAAGAGCCUCAAACACACCCACGGUGGCCUGGACACACAGUCACUGCCCAAACAGUGCAUCUCUGAGGGAGGCCUUAGUUUGUAACAGUGACAUGGAGCUGCACAGCAUCUACAAAACCUCCAACCGCAGCUACUUGGCUGAGGAAAAACACCAGAUGCUGGACCUGAACAAACGCCUUGAAACAUACCUGAGUCGGGUAAAACACCUGGAAGAAGAGAAUGUUCUCUUGGCAGAGGAGAUUGCAGCUCUGAGACAGAGGAAUCAUGGAGCUUCAGGUCACAGGAAGGCCCUGGAGGAAGAGCUGCGGCACGCCAGGUUGGAGCUGGAUGCAGCCUGGAGAGAAAAGGUCCUCUCAGAGUAUGAAUUUAGAAGCAUAGCAGAGGAGUUCCAAAUGUUGGACCAACAAAGGCAAAGAGAGGCUCAAGCUCAUGUAGAGGCCAAAAUGAUGGUGGAGCAGAGCAGGAAGGAGCUCGAGGAGGAGCAGAGGGCACAGAUGUGGCUCAGACAGAAGGUAAGUCAGCUGGAGUAUGAGAUAAAGCUCUUGAUUCAAAACCAUCAGGAGGAGGUGACCCAUGUGGAGGCCACACUGGCCCAGUCUAGAGCCACAAUGCCACCCAUACUGGCUCACAGGGGCAAACACCAGUCACCAGAUAUUCUACAGCUGAGACAGGAGCUCUCCCUGAAGGCAACCCGGGCAUGGGAGGAGGCAGCAGGGGCCUAUCAGGGCCAGUUAGAAAAGCUAGAAGAGUCGUUGAAUCAGACCAUGGGUCGUUUGGCCCAGGUGGGCCAGGAGAAGAGAGAAAGUCAACUAAGGCUUCAAGCUCUGGAGAAGGAGAUCACUUCAGCUCAAGAUAUCAGGAUUCAUCUGGAGAAGUCUGCUAACCAACAGAGAGAGCAACACUGCCAGGAGAUCCAGCAAAUGAAGGCACACUUGCACGGUCUGGAGGCAGAGAGGGAGGAGUUGGGCCAGCAGAUUGACCAUCUGGUCAUGGAGAACCGAGGCCUGGUGCAGCAGAAGAUGUCUCUGGGUCUGGAGGUGGCAACGUACAGAGCUCUGCUGGACAGUGAAAGUCUCAGGAGAGACGUCCCGCUGUCAAAGCCAUUAGUAAACACUUCCAUCACAGAUGCAGCUUUCUGUCCUCCAGGACAGAAGACCAAAUAUCAAACCCAGUUCUUGACGAGUCACAAGACCGUGUCAGUCUCAUCCCACAGUGCUCUGACAGCACAAGCCCCCACGGCAUCCUUUAAGACAACACCACUUUACCGCCAAAACCCCCCAACCUUCUACGAAACCCCAAAGACGACAAGGAAACCUGCAGAUGAAGCACCCGAACUGGUCACGGUUAAAAGCCCUUAUCCAAAAAUACUACAGGAUGGGGCUGUUGAAAAUUUCAGACCCCAAGAAGUUGAGGAGAAAGUCACCUAUGCUGAGCCUCUGUCUCCUCCUAAUGAGCAGGAGAUUCCAAUAGGAGGUGAAGAGAACCAGAGAAGUGUGGAUGAAGAAUUUCCUAAGGAAACACUGGUAGAAGAGUGGGUCGUCAGUCAGCAGGUUGAGUCAGGUCUCAGCAGGGAACCAUGUUCCAGUGAUGAAGUUAAUCUCACACAGCUUACAGCCCCAAACCUCCAACAGAAACAUGAGGAAAUGACUGAGGAGUCACAUGAUUUCUCAGCUGAGACCCACACAGAUGUGGUUGAAGUGGAGGACUAUACUGUGUCUUUGGAUAAAGCAGUAGAGCAUGAGCAGGACAAGUCCUCAGAUUCUGAAACCGAGGCUCUCCUUGAACCAACACCUCAAUCCAAGACGAGCAGUCCAACAUCUGAGGAUGAAGCUGGAGAAGUUGUUUUUAAUCAGCUAGCUUGCUUUAAUGACAGCACAGGUGAAGUAAGACAAGAAAUAAGUCCUGGAGUAGAACCAGUUCAGACAGAUUUGGAAGAUAAGUUGUAUCCUGAUGGAGAGGAGAUGGACACGUGGGAUAGUGUAAUAGAAAAGAAGGUGGACCUGAAGAUGGACAAAGGUGUCAAAUAUGAAGAAGCAAAAACACAGCAUGCUGAACCAGAGGAGGACAUAUCAGCCAGAGAGAAAGAGCAGGAGCAGGAGAACGUUUGUGAGGGAGAUCAAAAAGGAGACCAGAUGACUGAACCAGAGAAGGAGGAACAAUUACAGGACAACAAACACCGAGAGAUUGAAGCACCUCCUGACCACAGAGAGGAUGAUGAAGAUGAAGACUCUCAAAACGUCUCUGUGUCAUGGAGGACAGAGUUGGAAGGAGACAGCUACGCUCAGGAUAACACUGUGGCAGACACUCGUCCUCUGAUUCGAUAUAAAAGUGAUGAGACCGACGCCAACACUCAAGCGUCACACAUGGACGAGAGUGAGUCCAGUGAAGGUGACCAGGACAGAAGGAUGAUGGGAGAACCUGGAAGUGGGAUGUGGGGUGAAAACAAAACUAAAAGGUUCGGAACGAUGGAAGAUCUGUGUGAAGAAGGGGAAGCCAUGGACGAGGAAUACGACAAAGAAUACACUUAUGUUGAAGAACGAGAUGUCAGCCAGGUUGCUAUGGCGUUCAGUGAACCUGCUGCAUCAGAUACAGUAACAGAAGGUGAAGGAGAAAUAAUCAAGGAUGUCAGUGAGGAAUAUUCAGAUGAAGAAACAGAGGAGUUUAUCAUUUCCAGGGCUACGCCAAAAGUAGGGUACGGGUACGGUGAGGAGUUAGACACAGACAGACUUGUGGAGCAGGAACUAGAAAACCUCACCACGGAAAGCUACUCUGCUCACUUUGCACAGACGCAGCCGAUGAGCGAGAGCGAGGAGAUGCUACAUCUGCAGGCCGAGGUCGUAGAGAAGAUGAUGAACGAACCAGAAGAGUCUGACAAAACCAAGGCAGAAGACAUGUCUCUGACAGCAGAACCUGCAGUUCAAUUGUUUGAAGAGAUGUCAUCUACCACUACAAUUAUUGACCAAUCGAGAGAGAGCAUGGAUAUCAGAGAUUCACAGCCAUUAGCUGACGAGGAUAGAUGUGCUAUAGACAAGAUAAACAAAGAUCUUGAACCCGUUGUGCCCAUGUCGGAAGAUGUAAAAGAUAUAAAAACAGAAGAAGUUCCUGACUUUGGUAACAAUUUACCUGAUAUGGGAACAGUACAAGACCCAGACUCUGUUCCACAGGAAAACCAGCAGCGCGAGGGUGCCCCCAGUGGUGACCAAGAAGAAUUACAUGCUUCUGAGUCUCAGGCACAUCUGACUGACAAGGAUGUUGAAUAUCCAGGUGUUCCAGAAACAGCUGAAUGGGACAUUUUAGGCAGGGAGUGUGAGGAAAAGCAUGACAGUGCGCUUGAUUCCUCCGAUGACCGAGGCUCAGAUGAGUGCGUUAUGAUGCGUGAAGAAGAACCUGUUAAAUCCUCCCCUGAUACUGUGCCGGCUGGAAAUGAUAUCUUUGUGGAUUCAUCAAAACUCACAAAUACAGAGAAUGAAAAAGACACCAACUUCUCUGGUUUCUGGACCUCCUCCUUAGAGACUGGCGCCACCUAUCACACAGAGGAGGCCUACCAGGAGCAAACCAACCAGAACCUAAGGUUCGGCGAGAACCUGGAGUGGGAGAAUGUGGAGAACCCGAACGUGGUAAAUGGAAACAGUCUGGUGGUUAAGAAGGAACAGGAAGUGAAGACGGGGGUGAAGCAGGUGUUAACGAGAAUCGUUGUUGAUCAUUCGGAGGAGUCCGAGGCCGAGGCUGAAUCCUGGUCUUCUGGAGAAGAAGCGGUGUGAAAUUAUAGAAGAGUGAUUUCAAAACAAUCUAGAUGUUUUAGUCAGGAGAAAAUGUAAUGUUUUUCUGUGAAUCUACAAUACAAUAAACCAAAGUGCCCACUCAAGUAAUACUAGCCACCAAUGUGCCAACCAAAUAUUUCUCUUUUCAGUGAGAAAGUCUCAGAGAAAGGUUGGGAGUGUUUGCCCAAAACAACAGUCAUUUUAAAGUCAUAAUGUCUGUUAUUCACUGCCUACUGUGAUUUUACUGACAUAUAGAAACUCAGUUAGAGCAGAGGUGUAGGAUUCACCGUGUCACACAGAGAGAACAGGGUUUCUGUCUCAUUUCAUCAUCUUGGCUAGUGAAGGCAUGACUUAUAUAAACACACUAUGUUGUUUGCUAUUGACUUGUUCUAACAAAAGACCCAUUCCAUUAUUUCUUUUUCUCUACUAAUGCGGUACAUGAAGAGGCUAAAAUAAAACAUAGAUCAUAUAAUAAACAAA